AUGGUUAUUUCCCACACAGGACUCACAGAGGAGGUGUUGAACUUCAAGCCUCCUCAUCCACCUGUCGAAGAGUUUGUGCCUCUCGAUGACCGAGCUUUCUUCGCGGACGUGACCAAGAAAAACAUACUGGGAGCGGCCACCGAAGUCAAGCACCUCACACCCUACAUUGGUACCGAGCUUCAGGGUAUUCAACUCAGCCAAUUGACCGACGCUCAAAAGGAUGAUCUUGCGCUCUUGGUCGCGGAGAGGGGCGUUGUUUUCUUCAGGGACCAAGACAUCACACUCGAGCAGCAACAUGAACUCACAAAGCACUAUGGCAUUCAAGACCGAGAUCCCAACCAGGUCGACCCUCGCCAUGUGACCAUCCUCGGGCGUGACGACGACAUCCGCUCGUUUGCGAAUUAUGGUGGUGACUUCCACUCAGAUCAUUCAUUCGAAGCCAACCCGCCAUCCUACACCAUCCUGCGCCUUGUCAGAACACCUGAGACGGGCGGUGACACCAUCUUCACGUCCCAAACCGCUCUAUACGACAAACUCAGUCCGUCGUUCCAGACACUGUUUGAGGGCCUCAAGGGCGUGCACUCCUCGGAACACAGCUACGUCAACUCCAUCAACCGCGGCUCGCAGCCGUUCCGGGGCCCUGUUCGGCGAGAGCACCCGUUGGUGCGAACGCACCCCGUGACGCGCCUCAAGUCUCUGUUCUACAAUCCCUCUUUCGUCAUCCACCUCCAGGGUCUCAAGGGAGCCGAAGCGUUGCACACGCUCAAUUUUCUCCGCGAGCACCUUCACGCAGCAGAUGACCUUACUGUCCGCUGGAAAUGGGAGCCGGGGAGUGUGGCUUUCUGGGACAAUCGUGUCGUGGCCCAUCGCGCCGUUCCGGGCGGAUAUAAUCCGGAGGAGAGGGAGGGGAAGCGGACGGCGAUCUACGGCGAGAAGCCGUUCUUUGACCCCGAGAAUAGCCAACAUAAGAAGUUUGCCAAAGCCACAGUCAAGCUUCCCUAA